CUUUCAUAACCGGAGUUGGAAUAAAUAGUUGCUUUGGACCAGACUGCAAACAUCUAGUUUUUGAAUGCACGAAACCCAACUCUCAGUCACGAUGAUCUAUCUUUCAGGACUUGUUGGCUUUCUGCUGGUGCUGACAGCUGAGGCCAGAGUUGGGAACUCCUCUCAGUUACAGUUCUGCUCUGAGACAGAACAGUGCCUGCUGUUUGAUCUGAUUUGUAAGACUGACGAAUAUGAGGCCCGUCACUAUGACUCUGUGAAGUGGGUUUCAACUGACGAGACUUCCUUCUUCAUGGAGUUUGCAGCAAUGAAAGCAUUCAGACGACUGUAUGAGUACAUCUCUGGUACCAACGACAAGGGAAAGAAAAUUGAAAUGACAGCUCCUGUUAUUGUGAGAAUGCCUGACAAGAGAUUUUGGCAAAUGGGUGUCUACACAAUGAGUUUCUUGCUGCCAGCUGAUUGUCAGAAAAAUCCCCCCAAACCUACUGAUAGUAAGGUGUACAUCCAGACCAUGCCAGACAUGAAAGUGUAUUCACGGAGCUACGGUGGAUGGAUGACGAGCACGUCUGACAGCAACACAGCAAGCGCUCUGUCCACUGCCCUCGACUUAGUGGAUGAAAAUUACAAAAAAGGAUUCCACUACGCUGUUGGAUAUAACAGUCCAAUGACGAUCUUUAACAGGCACAAUGAGGUGUGGUUUGUUGCUGAGGAUGAUCCAGCGUGUUCCAGCAGUGAGGAAUUGAACUUUGCUCCUUUCUCCUAAAUAUUUGUGAGCUGUGUGCAAUGGCAGCUUAAAUGAAGAGAUGUUGUAGCUGGACUAUUGCUUCACUAUUGCUUCAAGUCAUAUUGUGUCAUAUGAAUAAUCUUCCAGUGACAGCCCAGAUUUUGAAAAUUGGUAUGUUCUGAAUUUACCAUGUAUUACUUGUGAUGAUGGCCUUACACUGGCUUGUUUCAUGUUUUUCUUUUAUGUUCAAUAAAGUUACC